UAUGAGGAAAAUACAAAGGCGAUGAUUGAUGUCGAUAUGCGCGCGGUUACGUAUCGCGCGAAUGACGUAACGACACUUUAUCACGAAAAAUGGCCGUCGCCGUGUGGGCCGAGGAUGAGAUCGGGCGAAAGUGGGAUCGUUGCUUCACGGAUGCCAUUCUUAAACUGGGUGGCGGUAUCGCCCUCGGCGGAGUGUUUUCCUUGUUUUUCUUCAAACGGAGAAAGUGGCCUAUAAUAACUGGUGCUGGCUUUGGAUUAGGUAUGGCAUACUCCAAUUGUGAGAAAGAUAUAAAUGCAUCUAUAAGGCAACGACAACCACUAAGUUGUACACGUGAAGAAAAGAAAUAAUUACUAGAAGCUACUACACAAAACUUAAAGUUAAAAUCAUUAUUAAAAUUAAAAUAGUUGCAAUAAAUUAAAUAACUAUACUGUAA